AAGAAUCCUUGAUCCGCCUCCUUUAAAAUAGGUGGCGCUGCAAAUUUGACAGGUGAAUUUUGGUACACAUACACGCGAGCCAAAAAUAAAAACAGGUUUGUUUUUUUCGACAAGUGAUGAAUCGGUCAAUUUACAACAAAAUAGCUUGAAACAUGGAUAUACCUUAACUUUUAUACAGAUCUAGCUGAGGUGUAGCAGAGUGUGGGGCAAUGUUGGCCAUCCUUGACCAGUACAGCAAAGUGAUCAAAUUCUCGGAUCUCCCUGACCCCUCAUCAACAUGGGAGGUACAGAGUCUGGUAGGGGAGGGGACAUACGGGGAAAUCCACAAGGCCAUCCAUAAGGAGUCAGGUGAGGUGGUGGCAAUGAAAGUCUUGGAUUCAAUACACGAAAAGAUUGAGGAAAUUGAGGAGGAGUACAGAGUCCUCCAUGACCUCGGGAACCACCCCAAUAUGCCUCGAUUCCAUGGAAUCUACCUCAAACCGCCUACCACAGGCAUGGAUGCCGAGGUCUGGAUAGCAAUGGAGCUCUGUGGGCGUGGCUCUGUGACCCACUUAGUGAGGGAGUUGAUUGGGAGGGGCGAGGCUCUGGAGGAGGAUCUCAUUGCCCACAUUAUCCGAGAGACCCUCAAGGCUCUCCAACACUUACACAAAAACCAUGUGAUCCAUCGAGAUGUCAAAGGUCACAAUAUCCUCAUCAAUGAUCAGGGCCAGAUCAAACUGAUUGAUUUUGGAGUGUCGGGACACCUUGCCAGUACCCUAGCCAGAAAGAACACAUCAGUGGGGACUCCCUAUUGGAUGGCCCCAGAGGUAAUUGCCUGUGAGAGACAAGUGGAGUAUAACUAUGACAUUCGCUGUGACAUUUGGUCUCUGGGUAUAACUGCCAUAGAGCUUGCUGAUGGGGAGCCUCCACUUUCUGACCUCCAUCCCAUGAGAGCGCUGUUUAAAAUUCCAAGUCUGUUGAACAAAGACCAGAGAAACCCUCAACCUCAGUUUGCGAACCCUGAUCGAUGGUCCGAGGAUUUCAAAGACUUUAUAGCUAAGUGCUUAAUCAAAGACUUUGAAGUGCGUCCAUUUACUCAUGAUCUUCUGCGGCAUCCAUUUAUAGCCAAACUUCCUGACGACACUUCACAGUUUCGGAAAAGACUUAGAGAACUAACAUCCAAAAUGGAAACUACGCUGCAUGAACCAGAAAUCACAGCCAAGAAAGGAAGGCUGAAAUCCCGACGAAAAUCUCGCAAAGAGAACAUCAACACGACUGAUGAUUUAGCCACCCUGGAGAACUUAGAUGAGGAAACAAUAGUUUCUCAGCUAGACAGUCGAUACAGCCAGGGACAGAUCUAUACCUACAUCGGGGAUAUACUGCUGGCAGUUAAUCCCUUCAGACCACUCGUCAUUUAUACAGAAGAGUACUCUCUGAAAUACAAGAAUGCGAGCAAGGAAGACAACCCCCCACACAUCUUUGCUGUGGCAGACCAAUCCUACCAAAGCAUGAUGCACAACAAGAAGAACCAGUGUAUUGUAAUCAGUGGGGAAUCUGGGGCAGGGAAAACUGAGAGUGCUAAUUUACUGGUGCAGCAGCUGACACAGCUAGGAAAGGCUGCCAACAGAAACUUGGAGGACCGAAUUCUACAGGUGAAUCCUCUGAUGGAGGCAUUUGGCAAUGCCAAAACUGUCAUCAACGAUAAUUCCAGUCGAUUUGGAAAAUAUCUAGAAAUGUUCUUCACCAACAAUGGAAUGGUUGUCGGAGCUAAAAUCACGGAAUACCUGCUAGAGAAGUCUAGAGUUAUAUCGCAAGCAAUAGGGGAGCAGAAUUUCCAUGUGUUUUACUAUAUAUACAAUGGACUGAGUCCUUCAGAAAGAGCAGAAUACAACCUCAAGGAGAACACAAGAUACAGAUACAUUGAUGAGUAUUCCAGUCAAAAUCCAGAUGUCUCUUCAUUGUCCGUCAACCGGGUCAAGUUCAAGGCCAUAGAGCACUGCUUUGACAUCAUUGGAUUUAAACCAGAGGAAGUAAAGGCAGUAUACAGUGUGAUCUGUGCAAUAUUACAUACGGGUAACAUAGACUUUGAUGAGAAAGAAACUACUGACCAUAAAGGGGAUGCCUGUGUAAUCACCAACAUGGACCUUGUCAAUACCAUUUCCCAUUUACUUGGAAUUCCUGCCAUUGACCUUGUGGAGUCCUUGACAACGACAGGAAUGGUCGCUCGAGGAGAGCUCAUUGUAAGAGAUAACUCUGUCCCUGAGGCCAUUGAUGCCAGAGAUGCCAUGGCGAAGGCUCUCUAUGGUCGAUUAUUCAGCUGGAUUGUAAAUCGCAUCAACAGUCUUCUGAAACCAAGCACGAUGGGAAGAGACGACAAUCAGCCCAUUAUCGGAUUGUUGGAUAUCUUUGGAUUUGAAAACUUUCCCAAGAACUCCUUUGAACAACUCUUGAUCAAUAUUGCUAAUGAACAAAUCCAAUAUUACUUUAAUCAACAUAUCUUUGCAUGGGAACUGCAAGAGUAUCGGGGGGAAGGUUUGGAAGGAGUCAACAUAUCGUUCGUAGACAACCGCCCCCUGUUGGACAUGUUUUUGAUGAAGCCUCUGGGGUUACUGGCCUUGCUGGACGAGGAAAGUCACUUCCCAAAGGCAACAGACAUGUCCCUUGUUGAAAAAUUCCAUAAGAACAUUCAAAAUAACAACUACAGCAGACCAAAGGGAAAUAACCUCACCUUUUCUAUAGACCACUAUGCUGGCACGGUGGUGUAUGAUGCGAUGGGGUUCUUGGAAAAGAACCGAGACCGGCUCCCCGGGGAUGUGGUCAGCAUGCUGCGUGCUUCUAAGAAUGAGGUCAUUCGGUCACUGUUCAGUACCCCCCUCACAAAGACAGGAAAUCUAGCAGAUGGCACUAUCAGAUCCAGUCGACAAACUCCAGCCAGUUCUCCUGGGACAUCUGGACCAAUCCAGAUCAUGUCCUACAACUCCAAAUCCUCCAGCAUGGGAGGAAGUCGGAUCUAUGGUGCUCUUGGGUCAGGAUCCACCAGUAUGACCAAAAUUCAGCAGACGGUGGCGACCUAUUUUCGAUUCUCCUUGAUGGAUCUGCUGGCCAAGAUGGUGGCGGGCUCUCCUCACUUUGUUAGAUGCAUUCGUCCUAAUGAACAGAAGCUUCCUGAUGACUUUGAGCCUGAUAAAGUGACCACACAGCUCCGUUACACGGGGGUCCUGGAAACGACACGCAUUAGGAGGGAGGGCUACUCCCAUCGCAUUCCUUUCGGAGAAUUUCUCAAAAGGUACUCCAUGUUGGCCUUUAGGUGGGACGAGAAGGUGGAGCAUACUCGAGACUGCUGCUUCACCCUGCUGGACAGACUCAACAUGUCCAUGUACCAGCUCGGCAAGACCAAGGUUUUUCUGAAGUACUACCAUGUGGAGCAGCUAGCUAGAUUGUAUGAGCAGAGAAACAAGAAGAUUACGUGUAUACAGGCCACCGUUCGGCGGUUCCUGGCCAUUAAUCAAUUCCACAGACUCAAAUGGCAGAGGGAGAAAGCUGUGACCAAAAUUCAAGCAUGUAUAAGGACAUAUUUAGCAAGAAAGCAGUACAAAAAAUUGUAUAUUGCACAGAAAACUUCAGCUGUUCAACUACAAAAAGUGUUUAGGGGAUAUAUGGUGAGAAAGAAAAUGAAACCAAUGAUUGAGGAGAGGAAAAAAGCAGCUACUACAAUACAGGCCAGAAUCAGGGGCUACUUUGUCAGGAACAAACAGAAAAAGUCACAAAAGGAACAGGAGAGUGCUCUCAAAAUCCAGAGAGCCUUCCGUUCCCACAAAGCAAAGAAGGCCAGCAAGAAGGAGCAAGCCCUGAGGCAGGGAGACAGAGAAGGGGCGGCGGUCCUCAUACAGAGCUAUGUACGGAUGUGGCAGACCAGAGUCAAGUACCUGAAACUUCAGGACUUCAAAUUCCAGAAGGAAGUGCAACUCAGCUUAUUUGCCCAACAGGUUGAGUUGUACAAUAAGGAGAAGUUAGACAUUUUAAUGAGGAACAAUUCCCCAGUGCACUCACCUUCAAGCAAACCCAGCAAUGAAGAUACAGCAAUUUAUGCUCAGCCCCAGAAAAGAAGAGCCCCACCUCCUCCCAUAGCUCCCGCCAAAGUAGAGAAACCCCCUCCUGAUGUGGGAGAGGAGAGACUGGACCACAUGAAGAAAAUGAAAGAACUCAAACCUGUGAUGCCCACUCUGGAGACUAAUUACUAUGAUCAGAUAAAUGGAGUUAAAAGUCCUGUUGUGAAUGGAUACCAUGAUGAAGAAGAGGUGAACGCGACUCCUCAGCAACCUGCUGAGGCUCCUCAAACUAAGAAGAAGGAGGAAAUUAGGCAUGAGGCUGUUCCUGAGUCCUCAGUGAGGAAGGAUAGCCCUGUAUUGAUAGUGAAGGCAGAGGUUCAUCCUCAACCUCAGUUGCCAGAUCACCUCAAGAAGCGAGGAGAAGGAAAAGAAUUGAUGAAACCAGAGAACAGCAGCUAUUAUGAUCAGUUUUCUCAACCCUUAAAGAGUUCCUAUGAGGUUCCCAAAGACCAGGUGAUUGACUGGGACAUUCCUUUGGUGGAAGCGCACAACCAGAGUUUUAGAGACAGAAGAAAACCCAAAGCUGGAACUGAAGAGUUUGAAAGGACAAGAGCAGCAAGGAGUAUUGCUGAGGCAAUUCUAGCUAAUGGAUCUCUUACCAAUGGACAACAAUCAAUGUCAGGGAUCAGUAAGGAUCCAGCCUCCUUCAGAGAAGAGUUCUAUAAGGAGAGUAACAGGCAGGAAAUGGUGAAGACACUAGAGAGACAAGUCAGCAAUAGUUCUGUAGGACAGUGGAACCACAGACAGAGACAAGAUGGGGAACAAGAAAGGGAUGGUGUCCUCCAGCCUCCUGUCCCUCCCCCCGCUCCCCCACCCCCUCCCCCCAUGAAACGGGAUCCUCCCACAUUCUUCAUUCCUCCACCCCCUACAGACCCCCCUCCUCCCAUUCCUACCAGUGUUACACCUCCGUUUUCUAUUGAAAUUCCUCUGACCAAUGGAAACCCCCCAAUGAACAAUGGUAUUCCCAAUGGUGUUGCCUCCCCCACAGCAUUGGCCAAAGUCAAGUUCCAGCUGAAGCCAUCAGUAAUUCCACCCCCCAAGAUGAAUGGAACUGCCAAUAUCGCAGAAGAGUUAAACAACGGAAUCGAUUUUAGAGGUCGUUUACGCAAAACAAACUUUGAUCCCCAGCUUGGAAUUCGGCGCAAAGAUCCCAAUUCUGUGACACAAGUUGAUUUCCGCCAUUUAUUGAGGAAAACAGGUCGGAUACACUUUGAGGAGGGAGAGGAAGAAGAGGAAUAAAACUAGUGACCCCCAUAUUACCAUGUGAGGACAGACUUAUAUAGUAUAUAUUGAUAAUUAAAUGGACCUUGAUCCUGACACAUUGAAUGAGGUUUUAGACCUUCAGACAAAGAGUGAAGAUUUACUUAGAAUAUAUUGUGAUAUUUCAUAAACCAGUUACACAAACCUUGACUGUGAUAAAAUCUGCAAAACUCUAUUAUUGUGUGUGCUACCUUGACUUGUAUUGUACCAGCACUGGAAGUACAAUAUACUAAGCCAUAGAGAGACUGUUGGUAAAUUUUGGUACAUUGUUCAUGCAAUUAUACAGUGUAUAUUUAUUUUCUGGUGUAUUCCAUUCUUUCUAUACUUUCUUGCCAAGCAGGAAAGUAAACAUAUAUUGUUAUAGCUAGAGUAUAAUCUUAUCAUACAGGGAUUUAAGGAACCAAACAAAUGUUGAUCAAUAUACAUGUAUACAAGAUUAUUUUUUGUGCACCAUUUUCAUCAACAAUUAUUUUUCAAUACAUAUACACAUGUUCAUUUGAGUCUUCCUGAACUGUCUAUUUUCCUUUUUUGUCUCUCAGUUUUAUUGGUAGUUCAUGUACAUUAUCUGGUUAGACUAACACUAACUCAUUGAGAGCUUUUUUUGUUGUUCUAUACUGUAUAAUAUCAAGCUCAAAUUCAUAAGUGCAAUCCCUAUACAAUAUAGUGUUGUGUGUAUCACCGAUGAUUCAUCUCUGAUCAGUUCACAUUUCAUGUUCCAUAGAAAUUGUUAUUUUAAAUGCAUAAUCAUGGAUAUAAUGACAAGAUAUCUGCAUUUACGGCAAUUCCAAGCAAGUUAUUUAGAUUGUGAUCAGUCUGAACUUUGAAAUGUGUUCAAAGGAAUGCCUGGUGGUCGAUUCUAUUUGGGAGGUUGUCUAGGAAAACUCUGCAAAGAAUAUGCCAACAGAGUUUUAUGAAAACAUAUCCAGAAAUGUAUGUCGUACGAAGAUCUUAUUGGAUUGAUGUGGUGAUCAUUGCCAACAAAUCUUAUGAUUAAGUGAUGGUACAAGCCCCUAUUAAAAUUCAAAUGCACAAUUUUACAUUUACUCCAAAGUUAAUAAAGUAAAUCUAAGUGCACAUACUUUAUAUUUACCCCUAAGUUUAUGAGUUAAUUCAUUUGCACAUAUUUAACAUUUAUUCCCAAGGAAAGCUUACAUAUCAAUUAGCAGUGUAAUAAUUUUAUUUGAAAUAUAUUUAUGAAUGUAUUUAAAUAUUUCUGUGCUUUUGAUUGUUAGAUUUGCAUUAUUGGUCGGAAGCUUUAACAUACAAGUCAGUGAAAGGUUUACUUAUUGGUCCAUUUAAUUUUUUCAAUUAUUUCAUGACAUAUAUAUGCAUCAAAAUAUUUUUUUAAAUUUUUAUUUCAUUUUUGUCCACACCAGAACAGGUACAUAUUCAUUUGAUUGAAACUUUUUUUUUUUAUAGAUAUAUAUAAGUAAUGGCAUUCCAUGACCUAUUCUAUGAAAUCAUUGCCUCUAAGUGUGUGUUCCACACAAUCAGCAUUAGUUGACAAUUUGAGAAAGAAAUGUCCUCUCAUCACAUUACCACUGUAUAUCAAUCAUGGAAUUUUAUAUCCCAUAUUGCUACAACAUACAUUACACACUAUGAUUCAGGUACAGUGAGUGAAUUCCAAACGUACACUUUUUUGUUGACUUUAUUUAGUACACCUGUACACGUAAUGUGUUUAUUAACUUUAGCAUACCUUUUUUGUCAUUUUUAAUAUUAAGAUUUUACAAAACUAUACCCAUGAUUAAAUAUUGUGAAAACCUCCAUUUUUUUACACCCCCAAACCUAUUUUUUGUCUGAAAUGCAACAUUUCAUAGUUAGCAUUAAGUUCGCACAGUUUAUACAGAAUUAGGAGACAAUUUACAAUAGAAAGGGUCCAACACUAUACCUAUUAUAUUUUUAAAAUUAAUAUAUAUAUGUGUAAACUAAUUGUAUUAUGAUUUACAAUGUACGUAUAAUGUUAAGAUUGUUUUAAAAAAUUUUUGGUCUAUGAUACUUGUACACUUAAAAUUUGCAAUUAUGGAUUGACCUAUAAAUAUACAGUAAGAAAACUAGUCUAAUUCUUGAAGACACUUCUAUUCUGAAAUAAAUAGAUUUUCUAUAAUCAGAUGAACUGAAUUUAUAUAAAAGAAUGCUAUUAUGUUUAAAACAAACAAAAUUGUCGUUCAAAGUUUAUUUUAUAUUUUGAUUAAAAAUAAAGCAAAUAAAUGUAAUGAUUUUUAAUGAAGAAUGUUAUUUCAGUUAACUUUAAGAUUGUUUUUUUGGUGUUUUUUUUUACAGUAUUUGUUUUACGAUUUUCCAGAAAUAUGCGUACAGAGUUGAAACAUUUUAUACCUUACUAUGUCAGUGCAUUGGUUGUUGAUACAAAUUCUUGACCCCCGUUGUAAUAUGCACAUAUUUUAUGAAUGUUAAGAGGUAUAUGAUUUAAUGAGGUGCUGUUUCUCAUCGAUUGUAGAAAUGAUAAAAAGUAUAUAAAAUUCAUAUUUAAAAAU